GAUUGGCAGCGCGGGCCGGAAGCGGCGCCGCGGGUAAAGAUGGCGGCCGGGACGCGGCUGGAGAACGCCAACCCGCUGGUUUAUCAGCGCAGCAAAGACCGGCCCCCGAGCGCCCGGGAGGAGGACGAGGCCGAGACCGACCCCAUCGACCACAGAGAAAUCUUCGAUCUCAUCCGAUCAAUCAAUGAUCCUGAACAUCCGCUCAGCCUCGAGGAGCUGAAUGUUGUGGAGCCAGUGAGGGUCCACGUUAAUGAUGAGGAGAGCACUGUGACAGUGGCUUUCACUCCCACCAUCCCUCACUGCAGUAUGGCCACACUGAUCGGCCUGUCAAUCAAAGUGAAGCUGCUGCGAUCACUGCCUGAACGGUUCAAGGUGGAUGUUCAUAUAACGCCAGGUACACAUGCCUCGGAACAAGCAGUCAACAAACAGCUGGCGGACAAGGAGCGGGUGGCUGCUGCUCUGGAAAACUCUCACUUGCUGGAAGUUGUCAAUCAGUGUUUGUCGGGAAGAUUGUGAUGGAGAAGAGGAGGCUCCUUGGUGGCAUCUGGAAAUGAAUGGGGAAAGGGGAGGAAAAUGACAUGGAUUCUGGUCUCUGUUUCCUGUAAUUUCUAAACCUGAUUAUAAAAAAGGUAUGGUUAGUGCCUGUAAGUACAUUGCUGCUUAAUUGCAAGUCUUGUGGAUCUAGAAUGAGAGAGUAGAAACCCCUUAUUAUUUAAAGGAGUCUCAGUGGCUUCAUUGUACAGUAACCUCUGGGAGUGGUGACCACAAGAUGUUGGAAGAAGCAAUUCCUGAGCCCUGUUCGUGGCCACAGUUGGAUUUUACUGGUGGUGAGAUCACAGCUAUGAAGUGCCAUGUAGUGCAACCGCUUCCUAUAGCCUAUCACAGCUUGUGUCACCUCUGUAUUCAAUUGUGUGAUUUACAUUAUUAUAAUGCAAUACUGGAAAUUCUCAGUAAGAGCCUAGGUUAUGUGACCAAAUCCUGUGUUAUCACGGGAACAAACAUUCUGAGAGUAAUCUAUUGCCCCAUAUCUUUUCAGUUAAUAAAAAUCAUUGGCUUGCCUUGGAGGAUUGAAUCAUUUUAACGUAACUAUUAAGAUUGAAGGUCUGGGAAUGUUUGAUGUUGCUCAGGUUUCCAGGUGGAUUCUGAGCAGUGCCUUCAUGCCAUCAGGUGGCGACACCACAUUUUCCAAUAGUCUCACUCAUGAGGUGAUCAUUGUGGGAUUGAAUAAAGUAUCAAUUUAACAUGUAAAUAAAAGUUUAAAGAUAUAGAA